GAUUAUCUUCUGAAAAGUGUAUAUUAAUCAAUUAAAUUAUAUUCUAUUAGAACCAAAGAAAAAAGUAACAUUCAACGAAAGAAAUUUCUAAAAAGAAAAAUUUACCUUUUGAAAGGUGCAUAGUCUUCACAGAAAUAUAUUACUUCCAGUGGAACUAUAAAAAAAAAAAAAAAUUGCUAUAAAAAAUCGGUGAAUCGAAAAUUAAAACAAUGAUACUGAAGCAUCAAAUACUAAGAACAUUUAAUUUUUUUGCAAUUUUUGAUACCUAAAGUGUACCAAGUACUCUUUUUUAUUCACGAAAAAGAAUAGACACUGGCAUAUAAUUUGGACCUUUAAAAGCUUUUCGGAACUAAAAAACCAGGGAAUCUAGUUCUAUUAAACGUUUGAAAAGCGUUUUACGACAAUAUUUGCCGAACGUAUAAACAGAUUUCGAGGAAAGAUGUCUGGAAAUUCUAAAAAGCUUUCGCUGCUACUGUACGUUCUUCUGUGUGACCUGGCGAUUUGCAUGGUUCGUACGGGCGAUAAAAUGCCAACGAUGUAUUCGAUUCCUUUGCAAAAUAGGACAUCUAUACCGGAGAAAUAUAAAAAUUUACCACUGGUUGGAAAAUGUUGCCCAGAGGGGGAGGUUUUAAUGAAACAAAAGGGUUGUAUGGCUGUGGAUCCAUCGACAAUUCAUACUUUCUCACCUCUUUUUAGUAAAUUUAAUAAAAGCGGAUGUGAGGUCCCGGGUAAAAAACAAAACACGUUCGUCGCAAUUGUUGGAAAUCCUUGCAAAUAUAAAAAAUAUAUUUUAAAUCCCAAUGACACCAUCUUAGAUUCCAAUUAUUUAUUACUAAAUGGAUCAGUGUUCGCACCUUAUCAAGAGCAGAUGAUGAUGAUGAAUCCUGGGGUUGAUUAUUGCAUGGAAAUUGUUCCGAAAUUAGGACUCAAAACUUUUGCGUGCUUUUCUGAAGAUCGAGUAAUAGUAGCUGCGGACUCGCGAUUUACAAUUUACGCCUGCGGGCUUUUAAUAUCGGUGCCAUUCUUAAUCCUCACCAUUCUGGCGUAUUCCAUCACUCCAAAAUUAAGGGACGUUUUUGGAAAAGCAUUGUGUCGUUACUGUGGUUGUUUAGCAUUGGCUUUUAUCACUUUAGCAAUCACGCAAUUGGGAAGCUUGCAUCUAUCGAGCGAAACUUGUACCAGUAUAGCAUUCGUCAUCCAGUUCUCCUUCGUCGCAUGCUUCUUCUGGCUAAAUGUGAUGUGCAUCGAAAUGUGGUCCCUGGUGCGUAGCCACGUUGAUCGUGAUACCUACAGAAGAAUGAAACCAAAAACGUUAUUCUUCUGGUACUCUUUAUGGUGUUGGGGUCCCUCGGUGAUACUUAUCCUCGUCUCGAUGAUUAUGGAUCUGAGCCCGACGAUACCAGCGACUUAUGUGAAGCCAAACUUCAGCAAGGAGAGCUGCCAGUUCAAAUCGAGCGGCAAAUCAAUGCCAUACUUCUACGUGCCGGUCGGACUGCUGCUUCUAGAAAACGUGAUUCUCUUCGCCCUGACAUUUAUCAAACUGACGAAAUAUCAGAAGGAUCUUGAUUUGAGACGUCUGGCGAGAAAUCAAGAAUCCGAUCGGCUCGAUCGAAGAUUCCUUCGACGUUUGAUGAGAACAACGUUAGUUUGCUUGAUAGUCUUUUUCCUUAUGGGUCUGAAUUGGACAAUGGAGUUGAUAUCCUGGUUCGUCCACGGGAAUUCCUUUGACUGGUCCACCUUCGACCUCGUCAAUGCUCUGCAGGGUGUCCUUGUGUUCGGUUUGUUCGUUCUACGAAGGCCACCGAGAGAUUUCGUUUGGCACCGAAUACAACAGCUUCGUGGCAAGGACGUAGCUGAACCCGAAAGUAGCAUGGAAUUGUAUUUGCUUCCUAUAAUGAACGGUGAUUCUGCGUCUAGACAAACGAUCAUUCCGUGAAACUAGUUUUCCAUCUCUUCUUAAUCAACUGCCUCAAGAUAUUUUAAAAGUUCUGUUGAAGAGACAUCAUUGUGAGUGACUUCGUUUCGUGAAGUAUGGAUUCGAAGAUUCUGAUCAAUCUGUUAGAUAUUAGAAAUUUAUUCAAUUAUUUAUUGCGUGAGUGAAUGGACAGAUGAGAAUCGUUCUUGAAAUAUUUACAAUUCAUUGUACAAAGUACAUGGAAGAUUGGUUACUACACUUGACAAUUUUGAUUAUCUUUGUUAUUUGCAGAGCUACAUCAGUAGCAAACUUUAGAUCUACAAAAUCAAAUGAGACUUGAAAAAUUCAUUUUACCAUAAGUCCAGAGUAUAUUUUAUAAAUCAACAACGAAUACCUGAGCUAUUGUAGUUUAAAACAGCUUAAGAAUACUUCACACGCGUAUUAAAAUUUUUUUUGGCAUAGCAUGUUUCUCAAGAACUUCUCGGUUAUAUAAAAACAUUCACAACCCGUUUUAUAAUAACAUAUGCAAGUUGUGAUGUUUGUAGAUUGCAUAACAGUGAGAAGUUGGAUAGUAUCGUGAUUUUACGUUGAAUGCACACAUUCUGCGAAUCUUGUACAGUAACAUUAAUUACUUUUAGAUACAUAAUUUUCCCGAGUGCAUGACACAUCAUUAAUUAAGAGUUUAGUCUUGCUAGCACGUAUAUAGCUCCACUUGCCAUUCAUGAUUUAGAUUAAAAACUCACGUCUGGUGAAAUAAAGUGUUAUCAGAUUGUCAUUAGGAAUACAAUAAGACAAUAAUUCAUAGAAAUUAUAAACGUUUGUAAUUUAAUCGAGCGGAUAUAUUAUUU